AUGGUUCAGAACGUGAUUCUAGUGUUUUUCCGCAGGCGGCUGAGCCAGAGACCCGCGGUAGAGGAGCUGGAGAGUCGGAACAUCCUCAAACGUGAAGAGAAUGACCAGUCAGAGCAGGAGGAGAGGAGGGAGAUCAAACAGAGACUCAACAGGAAGUUGAACCAGCGUCCUACAGUAGAUGAGUUAAGGGACAGGAAGAUACUGAUUCGUUUCAGUGACUAUGUUGAGGUGGCCAAGGCUCAGGACUACGACCGCAGGGCAGAUAAACCCUGGACCAGGCUGUCUGCUUCAGACAAGGCAGCAAUAAGGAAGGAGCUGAAUGAGUUCAAGAAUAACGAGAUGGAGGUUCACAAUUCCAGCAAGCACCUGACAAGGUUCCAUCGGCCGUAGUGUAGUGGUGGUUUCUUCUGCAGAAGCUGGGUGGUCCAAUUAUCAGUGAAGACCAUGUGACAGUGUUCCCAGGCUCCUACCCAUGGCCCCAGACUGUCCUGUCUUGAUAUGUGGGCUAGUUCCCGGAUGUUCGACCUACAGAUAUCUGUCU